ACGGCUCAACACAGUCUCACGAAUACAAAUAAGCUUCGUUUGGCUGUGUCUUUCUCUCUAACCAAGCCCCUUUCGCCUCUCUCUAUCGCUUCUAGCUGUAGAGAUUACUAUUUUUCCAACCCUCUCUCUUUCUCUCAUCAUCCCCCUUUUCCUUCUUUUUCUUCUUCUUCUUCUUCCUCCUCCUUGCACCACUCCUUAUAUUAUCUCAUAAAAAUCACUCUGAGGAGAAACACUAUAAUCAAUCAUGGAGGGGUCUCACAUGGGGUUGUUGCUCUUCUUUUCUUCCAUGCUUUUUGCUGCCUUCCCUUCUGCCUCCUCCAGAAACUUGCCCGUCAUACCCUUUGAUGAAGGCUACGCGCCCUUGUUUGGGGACAGCAACUUGGUCAUCCAUAGGGAUGGCAAAUCGGUCCAUCUUUCACUCGAUGAGAGAACAGGUUCAGGAUUUGUGUCGCAUGAUCUUUACCUUCACGGGUAUUUCAGCGCUUCUAUUAAGUUGCCUUCUGAUUACACUGCAGGAGUUGUUGUUGCCUUCUAUAUGUCAAAUGGUGACAUGUUCCAGAAUAACCAUGAUGAAAUCGACUUUGAGUUUUUGGGGAACAUUAGAGGCAAAGACUGGAGGAUUCAGACCAAUGUUUAUGGCAAUGGUAGCACCAACAUUGGCAGAGAGGAAAGAUAUGGUCUCUGGUUUGACCCUGCAGAUGAUUUCCAUCAGUACACUAUUGUCUGGACAGACUCUCAGAUCAUAUUUUAUGUGGACAAUGUUCCUAUUAGAGAAGUGACGCGAACAGAAUCUAUGGGAGGAGAUUUCCCUUCUAAGCCAAUGACUUUGUAUGCAACAAUAUGGGAUGCAUCUGAUUGGGCUACCAAUGGAGGCAAAUACAGGGUUAACUACAAGUAUGCACCCUAUGUUGCUGAAUUCUCUGACCUUGUCCUGCACGGUUGUGCAGUGGAUCCAAUUGAGCAGCACGUGGCCACGUGUGACAAUGCUCAAAGCUCUGAGGCAACAAUUCCUCCUUCUGGUGUUACACCAGCACAAAGAAUCAAAAUGGAGAAUUUCAGGAAGAAGCACAUGACAUACUCCUACUGCUAUGACAAAGUCAGAUACAAAGUCCCUCCUUCAGAGUGUGUCAUCAAUUCCCAAGAAGCUGAGAGGCUGAGGAGGUUUGAUCCCGUCACGUUCGGUGGUGGCCGCCGUCACCAUGGAAAACGACACCGUCGCAGCAGAGGAAGCCAGACAGAAACUUCUGCUUCAUCAUUUUAAGAGGGUUCCAUAACUUCCAUUCAUCCUUGAUUUAGUUUCACUACCUGGGGUUUAUAUUUUCUAAUUUUAACUUUGGUGUAUAGAGAGGAGGAGCAUACAAUUCUAUUCUUGAAUAUGAUGAUAGUUUUGAUAUGGUGGUUAUUGCUGGUGGUGGGGUAUGUGUAUAGUUCAUACCUGUAGGUUCUCCCAGGUAAUUUGUUUUUGUUAUUCAUGUCUUAUGGUUUACAAAUUGAAUCCGUUGAUUUUUGUAGUUAGACCACACUUCAGUGUUUCAAUAAAUUAUUUAGCAUCAGUUAUCUAUGGAAUGUUAGGUAUGAA